AUGAACAUGUACCUCUUCGCCCUCCUCUGCGCGGCAAUGCUCGCGGCGGCUGUCCCAAACCCACCGCGCGCCCCAACCACUGUCGCCGUUCCUCGCGGCGCUGAGCCUGCUCCCGAGUGGUGGGAGGACGACGAUUGGAAAGACGAGUGGCAGGACGACGAGUGGCAGGAUAACCAGUGGCACGACUGCGACGACGAGAUCGUCGCCUUCACCGCCCAUGGCGGAUACCGUGACGGCACCGACGCUUCCGACGACACGUUCGACAAGGACGCUGGCGUCAACACCUCCGAUGACGACACCUCCAACGGCACUUCUUACUUCGACGAGACCACCGAGACGGUCAGCAACACGACCCUUUCCUCUGGCCCAGGCGCCGAUGCCGACCCGGCCACAGCCAUGAACUCCCCGGACACGAACACGUACUCGAACGCCACAUCCGAUGAGGAGGACGAGGACGAGAGCGACGAGGACAAGCCAGUCCACACUCCUCCUGGCGAGGCCCGUCUCAACAGUUCGGCCGCGGACCCCGCUCUCCAUGCGUCUCCCAAGCCCUCCGACUCUUCCCCUGCGCAGACGUCCAAGUCCUUUUCUGACUCCGCCUCGCCGCAGUCGGGCGCCACGGGCCACUCGCGUAACAGUGAGGCGCAGGCAGCCGCCUUCAGCGCCGACAUCGACGCACACGACCACGACGACCUUCCUUUCUGCGACGAGCUGGAGGACGAGGCGCCGUGGGUUGCCUCUGAGGCUGCUUCGCUCCAUGGGGAUGAGGGGCGCAAGUACACGGGGCAGCACCACUCGCACCAGCCUCACAAUAGCAGGCCCGAGACUGCCCCCAUCGAAGGCAAAGAUCAUCCUCUUUCCGUGAACUCGGACACGCACGCGAGCUCGUCCCCCGCGCCCAACACAGAAGCCGAGGUAAACAUUUACAGCGCGACUCACAACGAUGGUGAUACUGAGGACGAAGACGAGGACAGCUGCGAAGAGGCGGGGAAUGAAAACAACGACCUCAAAGCUCCCCCUUCCGGUCACUGUGGCCAGCCUCACCUGCCCCUCAUCCCUUCCGACAAUUUUACCAGCAACUCUUCCCCCAACGCAGCCGAAGAUGCGGCCGGUGACGCGGGUUGCUUCGACGACGACGUUUUUGCUACCGACCUCGCAUCCGAAUUUGCGUGA